AAUUAAUAGCAACAACAUCAUUUAUAUGUUUUUAUUUAACUAAGGAAGAUACAAUCACAACAAAUCAACAAUAUGCAAAUAAUUAUUAAUUGUGAUUUUAAAACUCAAUAAACAAAACGUCUUCUAUCAUCUUAACUUACGUGUAUACAGGUAAAUUGAUUUAUUUAUGGCAACACAAGGUCAAAAAAUAUGUAUUAUUAAAUCUGGAGUAAACAAUUUCACGUGUUGACUCCAAGAAGAAACUGUACAAACAUUAAGAUUUCCACACCGAAUUCUUUACACUAAUUGGGUCCAAUCUACGCAUCAAUUAACCAAUCAAUGUUAAACGUUAUCGUACCGGAAGAAAUUGAUACCCGAGUACCAAGAAUUUCGUCACAACUAAAUUACUUCAAGCCGUAUUUGCAAACUAGUUAUCUAAAAUAGAAGAGGUUGUUGGCCUCUAAUUUUUCUUAUAUAUACCAUAGACAUUGAAAUUCUUUACAAAAACGAAAAUAGUUCAUCAUGAAGGCAGUGCUCAUCUUACUGGUUACCGUCGGUGUUGCUCUAGGCCAACAAUACACAGACAAGUACGAUAACAUCGACUUGGACCAGAUAUUGAGAAGUGAACGGUUACUCGCGAAUUAUGUGAACUGCUUGUUGGAUAAAGGAAAAUGUACUCCAGAUGGUGCCGAAUUGAAAAAACAUCUAAGUGAAGCUCUCGCAAACAACUGCAGCAAAUGUACCGACAGACAAAGGGCCGGCUCUCGAAAAGUUCUGCACCACAUUCUUGCCACCCACCGCGACUGGUGGAGCCAACUAGAAGCGAAAUACGACCCCCAAGGCAACUACAGGAAGAGAUACGAGGCUGAAUUGAAAGCUGAAGGCAUCCAGAUAUAAUUUAAUUAAUAUGUACAUAUUUGUUAUUAAAAAUUAAAAAGCUAUUAAUUUA